GAAUGCAUGUGUACGACGCGCGUCCAGUGGUAGAUUUUAAAUAUCGCCACAAUUAUAAAUAUAAACAAUGGAUUCUACAUUAAGUUUUGCUGGCCAAAGCAAUAAAUGGAAUACAGCAGAUGACGCUGCUCCAGUUGCAAAAGCCAUUGAAGAACAUCCAAACUUGGUGACACUUGACUUGGAGAACAACACCUUGGGUCCUGAUGCUGCUAAAGUCAUUGGAGAUGCCCUGGCUAAACACCCUGAGUUUAAACGAGCCCACUUUAAAGAUCUCUUCACUGGAAGACUCAAGACUGAAAUACCUCUUGCCCUGAAACAUCUUUUCUCGGGAAUAAAUCGAGCCAAUGCACAGCUGGUUGAGCUGGACCUGAGUGACAAUGCUCUUGGCCCCGUGGGUGUGGAGGGCAUGGUUGACUUCAUGUCGUCACGUUCAUGCUAUACUUUAGAGGAAUUACGCCUGAAUAACAAUGGUCUUGGGAUCACAGGCGGGACGAUGCUAGCCAAGUCCCUGGAGAAGUUAAUUGACAACAGCACCAGGGAUGGCAGGCCAUGGAAGCUCAAGGUGUUUAUUGCUGGCAGAAACCGUCUCGAGAAAGUGGGUGCCAAAAUAUAUGCUGGAAUAUUCCGACGUCUGGGCUCCCUGGAGGAGGUGGCCAUGCCUCAGAAUGGCAUCUUUCAUGAAGGCAUCGCUGCCCUCGCUGAAGCUCUGAGCCACAACCCCAACUUGCGGGUCCUCAACCUCAAUGACAACACGUUUACGAAGAAAGGUGGCGUGGCGAUGGCCAAGUAUUUGCCCAAGAUGCAAGCCUUGGAAGUGAUCAACUUCGGCGACUGCUUGUUGAAGACCUCGGGCGCGAGCGCUCUUGCUGUAGCCCUCAUGCCUGGGCAUAUGAAACUCAAGGAGCUGUACUUGGAUGGUAACGAACUGACGGCUGAAGGUGGCCUGUCCGUCGUAGAGGCUGUGCAGAACAAACCAAACCUUACCAAACUUAUGAUGGAUGACAACAUGUUUGGCGAACGUGGCCAAGAAAUGAUCGAAAAUUUCCUAAGAGACGUUGGGAAGCUGGACGCUUGGGUUCCUUUGGAGAACAAUGCACCUACUGACUCUGAAGAGGAACAAGAUGACGAUGAAGAUGAGGAUGACAAUGAAGAUGAUGAAAGUGAGUCUAGUGAAGAAGAUAGUGAAGAGGAGAAGGUUGCAGCGGCAGACGAAAGUGACUCAGAUGGCUCUGAUGUUGAGGUUGUGUCUGAGGUGCUGGUGAAGCCUGCAAGCAAAACAGCGGAGCCCCUCGACUCCAGUUUUAUUGUUGGGCCAAUAAGCCCUGUGGAGGGCACUGCAGCGGAGUACGUGUGUUCCCCCACGGCCGCUCGUCUCCUGGGCUUGCCUGUGUCACAGCUGACCACCGAGGCGCUGACAGCGGCUGCCACUGCUGACUGCACUACGCCUGACCAGGAGAUCAGCAGCCUUGUGCGGCUCCUAGUGCAGUCAGCUGCUUUGUCUCACACUGACGAUAAACAGCUGCUGGCUGCAACGGCGUCCGUGGUGCAGACGCUCGGCAAGGCGAUUUUCUCUCGUGCAAACCAACAUCUUCUGGUGUCCUUCACGACCAACACGCUACUCGUCUACCUGGGGCUAAUUAAGUGUGAGGAUAAGAACUUUUCGGUGACGUGGGAGCAGCGCGGAGUUUUGAAGAGCCUGGCUGUGCUCGUCAAGGAGACAUACUUCCCCCAGGACGCUAAGAACACGCUGCAGUAUUUUAUCUCCAGGCCCAGCCAGCGACUGGACGAACUCCCUGAUGAACGGGACAAGCUACUGCAGGCGCUGGCCAGCUGAUCAUCGGGGCUGACGUGACAUCUUUUACUUGAUACCUUCCUUUAAUUCUUAAUCGGCAUUUAUGCUUGCUUACAUAUUUUAACCAAGAUCAAUCAAUCAUAACCCUCGAUCGUAAAAUCGUCUCUCUCGUUCUGGCAUGGAAUUUUAUCAAAUUAUACAUUUACAACCUAUUUUUCUCUGCAAUUUUAUGUAUAAGCUUGCACCGAAAAUAGUGCCCUACUCCAAGUAUUUAUUUUGAUAUGGAGUUUCUUGAGUACAACUUUUCGUUCACGCGCCCUGCGCACUUAGGCUCACAUCAAAAUAGCUUCCACGCUUGAAUCUUCUUAUCUAAAGCUUCAAAAUUCGUGUUCGAAAACAAUUCGUGAUUUAAUACUUUCUGCUAACAUGCUUUGUAAAGCAAAAUAGAUUUUGUGUAGACUGCUGUUUCUUUAUCUCGAAUGUUCGAUGGUUUUACUCCUCAUGUAUUCUGACAAUUUCUAUUAUUUUCAACAUUUUUGUAUUAUUUUCAUAUGCCUUCCAUGUAAAUGUAAUUAUUGGAGAAUCAUUACAUUAUUGAAGAUCGUG